AUGGGGUUUACGCCCGGCCUGCUCGGAGCCCUCAGCGGGGGCUUCUGGAAGCAGGCGCUGCAGGCGCUGCAGGCUCCGUGCGCCUCCGCCCGCGAGUCCCCCUGCAGGAACCCCGUCAGCAACGGCGCGGGCCUCGGCGAUGAGCGAGUCUCCAAGUUGCUGGUGUUUGGCUUCCUCCAAAACUGCUCCAACUCCGGCUUCCACAGCGAGCUGCUGACCCUGGGCUUCGAGCUGCCCAUGCGGCUCCAAGGGCCCAUUUUCUCCUGUGGGCUGAAGCCCCAGGACGACGAGCUGCAAACAGACGGCAACCGCAGCAGCCACCUCUUCUUCGAGGGGGAGGAGCCGCCAGAUUCUGAGAGGCAAGAGGAAAUCAUCCAGGACAUCGCCAGGAACCUGGCCCAGAUAGGGGACAGCCUGGAUGGCAGGAUCCAGCCGGAGCUGGUGAACAACCUGGCCGCCCGGUUCCAGGACCCGAGCCUGUCGGAGGACGAGAGAAGGAAGUGCCUGGCCUCCGCGCUGGACCAGCUCACGCAGACGUUCCCCAAGGACAUGGAGAAGGAGAAGAUGAUGCUGGUGCUCACCAUGCUGCUGGCCAAGAAGGUGGCCGACCACACGCCGUCCUUACUGGGCGGUAUCUUUCGCACCGCUGUGAACCUUAUUAUUAACCGGAACCUCCUUACCUAUGUGAGGAACUUAAUCAGAAACGAGAUGGACUGAUUCCAGGACUCUGUGAAGCAUGACGGGUUAAAACUUGAGAUGGCGACAGCAGGAGAUAGCUGCCUCC